AUGGGCUCCCUCUCGAAGCUUCCUCAGGAGAUGAAGGCGUUGAGGUACAACAAGCCCGAGGAUUUCGAAAUCGUCAACGUACCUCUUCCCGUGCUGCGUGAGGAUGACGUCCUCGUCAAGCAUAUCCAUGAGGGAGAGUUUAUUGCCGAGUUCCCGCUUAUCCCGGGUCAUGAGACCGUUGGUGUCGUCGCCGCCGUUGGCCCCAAGGUCACGGGCUUCAAGGUCGGCGACCGCGUUGCGGCGGACAACUCGGAACUAUGCAGUCACUGCUUCUACUGCCGCCGUGGCGAAGGAUUGCUUUGUGAGAACUGGACCGGCCACGGUAUCAACCUGCCGGGAGGUUUCGCCGAGUAUUGCGCCUACCCGCAAGCCAAGGUCUUCCAAAUCCACAACCUCACCGACAUCGAAGCGACCCUGAUCGAGCCGGCAUCCUGCGCCGCCCACGGCCUCGACAGGAUCCGUCCGCGGCUGGGGUCCAGCGUACCCAACCGAUUUAUUAACUUCCCCUCAACGCAGAUGCUCGCACAACUCCUCCGCCAAAACGGCGUGACCAACCUCACCCUCGCCGCGCCCGGGGGUCUCAAGAUGGAGCUAGCCAAGCAGCUGGACGCGGCCGACACCUACGUGGAGCUGUCGCGGGACGACCCCGCGGCCCAGUUCGAACAGAUCAAGCGGGACAACCCGCACGGGUUCGACAUCGUGGUCGAGGCGACGGGUUCGGUGCGGAUCCUGGAGGACGCUAUCAACUACUGUCGGAGGGGCGGGACAUUGGUUGUUUAUGGUGUGUACGCCAAAGCGGCGCGGGUCACCUGGCCGCCGUCCAAGAUCUUCGGGGACGAGCUCCGGAUCAUCGGAUCGUUCUCCGAGGUCUAUAUGUUCCCACAAACGGUCGAGUACCUCGACUCGGGCAAGAUAAAGACCAAGGGCAUCGUCAACAAGGUGUUCAAGCUCGAGCAGUUUGGCGAGGCACUCGAGAGCAUCCGGAACAAGACGGCCAUUAAGGCGGCGAUCGUGUUCGAUGACUGA